GUAAUUUACAAUUUACUUUGUAUCAAAAGUGACAAUGUACAUUCUAUGCUAGAAAGGAUGAUGAGGUAAACAACAGUUCUUUAUACUGGUAGUGGAGAAAACAAACACCUACCUGUCUUGUCUCAAGGAUUUCGAAUUACAGGAAUGGUAUCCAAAAACUCACCAGAGGGAACUGUUUAGAAAUAAACGGCAUAUUAUGGUUUAAAUGAGAACAAAACCGAACACCGCCUGCACCACGUGACAGUACUCACCACGAUAUCGGGAUGAGGAGGGGGACCAUUAUAAGGAAGCACCGAGGGCGGGGGAGGAGAACCUCUGCACCUGCAUACCUAGCAACACACGGUCAAAUUCCCUCCCGUUCGACUCAUCGUCUCUCCGCCCCGUCCGUCGUGGAGUCGUUUAACACUCAUCGGUACUUUGACCUGCAGCAAACUAAAUCAACCGUGUCGAGAAAAUCUCUGGAUGACGAGAGAGCAGUGUACAAGAGUUCCAGUCGCCUUACCACUACUUCUCAGGGCGAUUCGUCGUCGUACGGCAGUGUUCUGUCUCAGAUCCAAGAGAACACGUCCGACUGCGAGGGUAUCGUCGACUUCCUGUCAAGGACUAAUCGGGUUCUAUGGAGCACAAUUUUGAGUACAGUAUUCUUAUUGAUGUUCACAGCAUUACCAUUGUCCAUGAUAGCCGUAGGAUCAACAUAUCGUAAUGAAUGCCCUGUUGAGCCUCGUAUUCCAAUCUACCUGUUGGUAGGUGGCAGCUUUGGACUCAUUAAGGUCCUCCUGAUGUUGUGGAACCAGAAGAAGAGGAACAGUGACACGUGCGAUGACGAAGAUGAUGACGCAGAUACAGAGGACGCUGUCGUGCGCAGAACCACGAAGUUCACUAGUUUUAUAUUGACCAUAUUUCUGUUAGUAUGGUUUGUUAUGGGAAAUAUAUGGUUUUACAAUAUUUGGAAGCCAAACUUUGACCAGCCCCUUCAUGAGCCAAGAAACUGGUGUCACGAGGUCGUGUUUCGUUACACAUUUUAUCAUCUGGUAACGUGUUAUGGUCUCUUAGGACUAGGUAUGGUUAUUUUAAGCAGUUUUAUUAGCUAUUACUGUUGUAAGAAAUACUUGUAUAUCAAAUAGCCUUUACAUCAAAUCAAACUUUUGGACUAUAUUUUGAUAUUUUUUUGUACAUACUUGUAUAACUACACUCUUUUAAAAAAAAAAUUAGGAGUGUUGCUUUUUAUAGACGUCUUGGUCAACGAACACAAGCAGAACAGCUCACAACUUAACGCAGACCUUAUCACAUCAUGUACAUUCUCUAUAUUGUUAUAUUUUUGCUUUUGUAGACUUCGAUAUGGCUGUGAAAUUUUAUUCGUAAUAUUU